GGUAGACCAUGUGACGUACGCGGCUGACGGAAGCCCGGCCGAACGCGCAGCCUACAAUACAAACUCAAAUACCACGAGGUAGCUAUUGUGAAGCAGCAUUUCCCGACGUUUUCUCAUGAGGCUAUGAAUGUUUUGCGGUGUUGAUACUGUUUGCGCCAUAUUCGCCUACUAUGUACUGACAAGGCGCAUGCGACACAGCGGCAAGGCUUGUCAGAUCGGCACCAAGCGCUUGGCUGGGCCAUGGAAGCGGCGUCAAGGCGAAUCGUCUCGUAAUAGAGGCACCGCCACGCCCUGCGGAUCUUCCAUCAGGGCACACACAAGUCCUGUUGGCUGCAGGCUUUUAGCCCCGGAAAUGUCGGCGGCUGCCCAUGUUCGUUACGUGGGCAGCUGCACUAAGGGCCACAGGAUCCGUAACAAUUCCAGACUUGACCUCAUCAUACGCGUCGUCAUCACAAGGCUCGAACGCCCCCUUCGCCGACUAGAGCCUACCCGCCUGCGCCUCUGCUACAUAUUGGCUUUAUCCCUAGUCGCUCUCCAGUCGUCCUUCCCCUGUUGCUAUUGUUUCCCUGUUGUCCACUAUUCUCGUGUGCUUGUACAACGCUUCGCUCUCUGCGACUUCAACUGCAAUCUCAAACACGAUUCAUAGCUGCCUUCUCUCAGCUCCGACCACUCGCGCGUCAGGUUUCACCAAGCCACACCAGAGACUG